CCAUAAAAAAACUUAACUUAUUAUAUUUUUGAAAGUUUAAGAUAAAAUAUGAUGUAAUUUUCUAAAAAAAAUACUGUUUGAGGACUGGAGUUGGACCGGGCCUGGCCUUUCCAAGUGGCCCUUUUGACAAUAGUCCUAACUAGAUGAUCUCCUCUCAAUCUCCGUUAGACCUUUUUGUUCAGAGCUUCCUCCACUGGUUUCCAUGGAGACUUCAGAGAACAACAACUGCCUUUCCACGGUCACAGAAUCCGAAUUCGGUGAGGGUUCUGUCAGUCACCACGAUUCCAAUGGAAAUGUACAAUCUCCCCCAACCCACGAAGCUUUGGCCAGAGGCCUCUCUUCCAUUCUUUCCACCACCAUCUCCGAUUUCGAUUCCAAAGCCCAAGACACUCUCACGAGCCAGCACCACCUCUCUUCUGCCAUAGAUCGUCUCACCGGAGAACUUGAUAAACUAUUAGAAGAUGCUCCACUGCCAUUUAUAAUGCAGUAUGCUGCCAAGAUAUCUACUGUUAGAAAGAGAGUUUCGUCAAUGAAUAUAGUUCUCAAGUCCAUUCAAAGAAGAGUUGAUAACAUGGACCGGAUGCUGUCUGUGCACACAUUACACGAUAAGGCGGCCCCAGAAUGUUCUGAACACCAGAGUUAUGGAAAAGAAGAUCCAGCUAUAAAAUAGAAUUACAAACUUGUUUUAGUGGAAGGUGUUACAGAGGGAACCAUCAAGAGCUCACUAUCUCUAAGAAGAGCUAUACAGAAACCAUCGAAUGUGGCGCGCCACACACAUGUUUGAGCCUGCAAAAGAUGAGGUACAAGUUUGGACUAAGUUUGAAACAGUGGAAUCUUCAUUCUUGUUGAAAUGAGAAAAAUCCUAUGAGAGCGAAAAUGUGAAUGAAAUUAAGAAAUUUGAUUAGUUUGCUUAGCAUCUCGAGUUCAUUGUCAAACAGUUUUUGUUUUGAGAAUGAUUUGAUUGUUUAGUAUAUUCAGUUAUAGUUUGUGCCAUUGUAAAUAUGUAAGACUUGUUUUCUAGAAUGUUUGUCAUUCUUUAAAAGAUUUCAAUUUUUUAAGUUGA